CCUUUCCUUCCUUUCCCGUUUUUUCACAUUAACAGCGAACUUCCACCAACACUUGUUCUUUUUCCUGGUUCAGAGAGGCUGGGAGCGGAAAGAAAGAGAGGUUGCCUGCAGGGAUUGGGGCAAAUACCCUAAGCGAGAGGCGGGACUUCCGCGUUGUACCGGAAGUGACGCGACAGUCGCGGUCGCCGCCAGGUGGAACGGCAGGUGGGUGCAGGUGCCGUCCUGGCCCAGGCCCGGCUGUGGGACCGAAUCUCUCGGUGAGCGACCGAAGCGGCUCCCAAGGGUCUGGAGACCGUGGGGCGGACUCUGGAAUCCGAGCCCUUCGCCCUGGCCUGGGGUCCUCCUCUGUACCAAUUUCCCAUUCCCCUCCCGAGCUGGGCAUUUAGCCAGUCGGCCCCAACUCUCGGCACCAUGUUUGCAGACUUAGACUAUGACAUCGAGGAAGAUAAAUUAGGAAUCCCCACUGUGCCUGGGAAGGUCACCCUGCAGAAGGAUGCUCAGAACCUGAUUGGGAUAAGCAUCGGAGGAGGGGCCCAGUACUGUCCCUGCCUCUAUAUUGUCCAGGUAUUUGACAACACGCCUGCAGCCUUGGACGGCACGGUGGCGGCUGGUGAUGAGAUCACCGGGGUCAAUGGCAGGUCAAUCAAAGGAAAAACCAAAGUAGAGGUGGCGAAGAUGAUCCAGGAGGUGAAGGGGGAGGUGACCAUCCAUUACAACAAGCUGCAGGCGGACCCUAAGCAGGGCAUGUCCCUGGACAUUGUGUUGAAGAAAGUCAAGCACCGGCUAGUGGAGAACAUGAGUUCGGGCACAGCUGAUGCCCUGGGUCUGAGCCGUGCCAUCCUGUGCAAUGACGGGCUGGUAAAGCGGCUGGAGGAGCUGGAGCGCACUGCCGAGCUGUACAAAGGGAUGACGGAACACACCAAGAAUCUCCUACGCGCCUUUUAUGAGCUGUCACAGACGCACCGGGCCUUUGGGGACGUGUUCUCUGUGAUUGGGGUGCGGGAGCCGCAGCCAGCAGCAAGUGAGGCAUUCGUGAAGUUUGCUGAUGCACACCGCAGCAUCGAGAAGUUUGGCAUUCGGCUCCUGAAAACCAUCAAACCGAUGCUGACGGACCUGAACACGUACCUCAAUAAAGCCAUCCCUGAUACGCGCCUCACCAUCAAAAAAUACCUGGAUGUGAAGUUCGAGUACCUGUCCUACUGUCUAAAGGUGAAGGAGAUGGACGACGAGGAAUACAGCUGCAUCGCCCUAGGAGAGCCCCUAUACCGAGUGAGCACAGGCAACUAUGAGUACCGCUUGAUCCUGCGCUGCCGCCAGGAGGCUCGAGCCCGGUUCUCCCAGAUGCGCAAGGAUGUGCUGGAGAAGAUGGAGCUGCUGGACCAGAAGCAUGUCCAGGACAUCGUGUUCCAGCUGCAGCGCUUCGUGUCCACCAUGUCCAAGUACUACAAUGACUGCUAUGCAGUGCUGCGGGACGCCGACGUCUUCCCCAUUGAGGUGGACCUGGCACACACCACUCUAGCCUAUGGCCCUGCCCAGGGUGGCUUCACUGAUGGAGAGGAUGAGGACGAGGAUGAGGAGGAUGGGGCAGCUAGGGAAGUGUCCAAGGAUGCACGUGGGGCCACUGGGCCCAUGGACAAGGGCGGAAGCUGGUGUGACUCCUGAGUGCCCCCCCAAGUGAACCUGGGGGGCAGGGCAUCGGGAGGACCGCAGUGGGAGCGGGGCGGGGCCACUGUAGGGCAGCGAAGGCGUGUAGUGGCGCAUAAAAGCCUGCUGGCUCGGGGCGCCUGCCUCCCUGCUCCUCUGUCCUCACACAGUGAAUCCAGGCUGCAGCCUGGGACCUGGACUCUGGCCCCCAUCCUUCCUUCCCACCUCCCAACCAGAGGGAGAGCUGGGCCAUGGACAGAAAAGAGGAGGGGCUGGAGCAGGCAGAGCGCAGGACCUGUCCCUGUGAGUACCUCGGUGGUGCCAAGCCUGCAGGGAACAGGAGCUGGGUGGACAUCCGAGGCUGGGGCCAGCAUACGAGGCCGGCCCCUUGAGCCCACAUGCACACCUUGGCAGCCUAUAUUUAUUUGUUCCUGACUUAGCCUCAAGGACUGAAUGCUGGGCCUGUAUUGAAUAAACAGAAACCCAGACAGAAUGGACGGGCUCCUUGCAAUGGCUCAGACCCUCUGCAACCAGAUCUCAGCUGCCUUCUGGUCAUGAGGGAGCUGGGGUACAGG